AUGUACACGCAGACUCCAACCAUUGCGCCUAACGCCCAGUUACUGGCAGAUGAUCGGCCGCGGUGGGACCCGAUCCGGUCAGCCGGCGCCGAGUCCAAGACUCGCGAUGGAUUCAGGUGGCGGGAUGCACCGCAGCAGAUGACUUGUCUAUGGCUAGGAGUUGCGGUCAGGCAUACUCUGUUCGUGGAUGAGGAUACAACUACUCACUCAGGGCAUACACAAACUUGGUACUGUCUAUCCAUAUACCGACAACGACGGCAACGGCAACUCUCUCAUCCAACGCAAGAUUACAACAUAGCUUCGGCAUCACAUACCCGUGGCACAGCUGUUCCGAGCAGAUCACCGUUCGCCAUGCCCGAGCUCGUCUACCACAACGGACACUACCACGAGGUCCCCCGCCGUGAUCGGCGUCACAAGAAGCGCGACGACUCCUGGAACGUCAUGAAGGUUUGGGACGAGGUGCUGUAUAACAUUGGCGAUCUCUACUACAAGAAACGGCAGCUGGACAGGCUAUGCGCUUGUUGGUGCCAUUUUGCGGAAAGCAUCUCAUCUUACAUCCCAGCACCUACCUAUACGGUACAUGUGUUGUGCCACUUACGAGCACGCACCGCCACAUUCACUCGCUCAUUUCAUCUCAAGGGAAGAAAGUCCAAGAAGCAGCAGCACCGCCCGGAUAGUCGGCUCCCAGACGGCCCGCAUCUGAGCUCUUCUGGCCAUCGCUUGGAGCGCCGCUACGCUACGGCACUGGGCUCCCGAGAUAUCGGACUGGAGAGCAGUAGCGGUAGCAGAUCGCUGGCCGGUUUCCGUUUGACAGCACAGAGAGGGAAUAAUCAAGCUAGAUAUGGAGCAGAAUUCAACACAAUUACACCACGAGUAAAUGAUCAGCAUGUGCCGACAAGGCUGGCCAACCAAGGCAGAGAAACCAGAAGCGAGCACGGGCUGUUCCUGGUCCAAGUAAAACAGUUGCUCGUGCUCAUUUUCAGCAGCCAGGACAAGGGAAACACGCUCUUGUUCGAGAAAAAGAUGAGCAUUGAAUCCAUAAUCAUUGCAAGGAGCGCCAACAUAAUGACGAUCCAUCAUCCCUCGCCUGCGCCGUUGCCGCCACCCGCAGCGGAAUCACAAGAGAAGACCAAGAUGCAGCGCCAAAAUCAAUUUCGCCAGCCCUUGAGGCGGGUGCCUUGCAUUGGCAGCGCAUUAGUGCCAAAAGGCCGCGAAGGCCCCCAAAGCGGACUGGCUCCAGGGCCCGAGCACGCCCAGGGAUCCAAUAGUGCAGGGGAGCCCCCUGGUCCCGAGACUUGGCCUGUCGCAGGCCUCAAUUUCCCCGUUCUCCUGGAGCGCAAACAAAACACUCGCCGUCUGCUCUACUGGCGGCGCCUCUUUUCCUUUUUUCUUUUUUGGAUUCAGAACCUCUCUUUCGUUUGA